AUGCGCAUCAGCUCAGCCCUCGCAACAGUGGCGCUGUUGCUAGCACCAGCCGCUCUGGCUGAUCUACCUCCCGGAAACUGGGCAGGCGAGACCACCAUCACAAUCACAUCCUCUUUCUCAACCACUCUUACCAUUACCAAGUAUCUCACAUAUGUGAAUGCUACAACGACAACCAGCUCCAGCAGCUACCAUGUCACGCCCACAGGCUGGAAUAUCACUUCUACUGGGCCCACGGCUGCAAGCACAAUCAAUAUACCAACGUUGACAGCCCCAGCUACUUCCACCCUGGGCAUUUCACCGCCUAUCGCUACUGCAACUGGCGCAGCGAGCGCACAAGAAAUCAACUUCGCAGUUGCCGCUCUGGCGGGCGCCGCUGCCGUCUUCUUGGGCUCUUUAUAA